GCCGCGGUGACCGUCCUCGCGGUCCUUCGGCUCGCGCCCCGCCCCCGGCGCCCCCUCCACUGUCGCGCGCUGGGGCUGUUUCUCGCUCCUCGCGAGUUACUGUCGCCGCCUUCGCCGCUGCUCCUCCUCUCCCAGCCUUGGGUGUCCCUCGGGCUGCCGCCGCCGCUGUCUCUGCGGGCUGUAUGAGGAGGAGGAGGACGACGAUGUGAAGAUGGCGGAGCUGCAGAUGCUGCUGGAAGAGGAAAUCCCGGGGGGCCGCCGGGCCCUCUUCGACAGUUACACGAAUCUGGAACGGGUGGCCGAUUACUGCGAGAACAACUACAUCCAGUCAGCAGAUAAGCAGCGAGCACUAGAAGAAACCAAAGCCUACACCACCCAAUCCUUAGCAAGUGUUGCCUAUCUGAUAAACACCUUGGCCAACAAUGUCCUGCAGAUGCUGGAUAUCCAGGCAUCCCAACUACGAAGGAUGGAAUCUUCAAUCAAUCAUAUUUCACAAACAGUCGAUAUUCAUAAAGAGAAAGUUGCAAGAAGAGAAAUUGGUAUUUUGACUACCAAUAAAAACACUUCAAGGACACACAAGAUUAUUGCUCCAGCCAACCUUGAACGACCAGUUCGUUAUAUUAGAAAACCUAUUGACUAUACAAUUCUAGAUGAUAUUGGACAUGGAGUAAAGGUGAGUACCCAGAAUAUGAAGAUGGGUGGGCUGCCACGUACAACACCUCCAACUCAGAAACCCCCCAGUCCCCCAAUGUCAGGGAAAGGGACACUUGGGCGGCACUCCCCCUAUCGCACACUGGAGCCAGUGCGUCCUCCAGUGGUACCAAAUGAUUACGUACCUAGCCCAACCCGUAAUAUGGCUCCCUCGCAGCAGAGCCCUGUGAGGACAGCUUCUGUGAAUCAAAGAAAUCGAACUUACAGCAGCAGUGGGAGCAGUGGUGGAAGCCACCCAAGUAGUCGGAGCAGUAGUCGUGAGAACAGUGGAAGUGGGAGUGUGGGAGUUCCUAUUGCUGUUCCUACUCCAUCUCCUCCCAGUGUCUUUCCAGGUCAUCCUGUUCAGUUCUACAGCAUGAAUAGGCCUGCCUCUCGUCAUACUCCUCCAACAAUAGGUGGCUCGUUGCCCUAUAGACGCCCUCCUUCCAUAACUUCACAAACAAGCCUUCAGAAUCAGAUGAACGGAGGACCUUUUUAUAGUCAGAAUCCAGUAUCUCUUGCUCCUCCUCCUCCCUCCAUCCUACAGGUAACUCCUCAGUUACCUUUAAUGGGAUUUGUGGCCAGAGUCCAAGAAAAUAUUUCAGAUACACCCCCUCCACCACCACCUGUGGAAGAACCGGUCUUUGAUGAAUCCCCACCUCCACCUCCUCCCCCAGAAGAUUAUGAAGAGGAGGAAGCAGCUGUGGUUGAGUAUAGCGAUCCUUACGCUGAAGAGGACCCACCGUGGGCUCCAAGGUCUUAUUUGGAAAAGGUUGUGGCAAUUUAUGAUUAUACAAAAGACAAGGAAGAUGAGCUGUCCUUUCAGGAAGGAGCCAUUAUUUAUGUCAUCAAGAAGAAUGAUGAUGGAGAGAAGACAACUGUGCAGAAAGCAGAGUUGGUGGCAGUCAGCAGAAAUGCAGCUUGUCUGUUGGACCCCUGCUGGAUUGGAGAGUACUGAAGACACUGGUGAAGUCCUUUAUACUGAAGACCCGCAGCAGGGGGAAUCCAUGGGUCAGCUGAUUUAUUUUCUAUAUGUGUGAUUUUAGUUUUACAAAUACUACCUGUUGGAUUUUCUGCAUAUUUUUUAUUUUUGUAGAGUGUUAAAGUCUAUACAUUGUCUUGGAAGGAUACUAUGUAAUGAUUAUGGGCCAGGCCUACAGUAAUUGGAGACUUUUAACGUAUGUAAUAUUUCAUAGAUUGCAUGCUAUUAAUAGUCUGUGAGGGUAGUAUUUCCUGUCUUAUUAUAAGUUUCCUCCAUUUAUCUUUUUAUAAACUAAAAGAUGGUAUUAGGAACUCCAAAAGAAUGCAGAAAUUCUUAAUGCUAUACUGUUGAUAUUUUAGCAAUGAUCCAAGUCUAGAAUCUGCUGACCAGUGAGCAACCAUUUUAUCUGGGUUGUGGGACUCUAAUGGGAGUAGGAUUCUUCCCUCCUGAAGUGUUUUUGACUAUGUUUCUAUUUCCUUCUUUUCCUUUAUAGGAAAAAAAAAAGUGACUGAAUAUUCCCCCUCCCCCCCUUUUUUGGGGUAUCACUAUUUGAAAGUCCAUGGGAUAUGAAUGAAAAUACUUUCUUGCUGUCCUUGACCUUAUGGCCAAGGCAAUAAAUCAUAAACAAAAAUGGUGCCAGUGUGUCAAAAUCUAGACCUGAGAGCUUCAGCCUGCUGUGUUUGGAACAAAUAUGAAUCUUUUAAAAUGUCUUGUUCCCAGUAUUUUCCAUCUUUUGGCUACUCCUUUUCUGUCUUCCUCAGAGGCACCUGCUGUUCCCAUCUUAGGGUAGGCAAGGGCCUGCUAAUUGUGCUGUUUAUUGCUCAGCUAGAGAGAAUGUUUUAUCCAUAUUUAUAGUGAUGUCUGUAGUAAACCUGUGCUCCUUAGCAGUUUUAUGUUGAUUAAAGAAUAAGAUUUUUCUGUUUGGGAGUCACCAAAAAUCUUUUUGUUUUCAUUUUCUUUUGGCUGGUGACCUUUCUGCAUUAAGAACUAUUCUUUUAUCUUUUAUUACCUGAAGGCCACCUUUACCUUUGAAAAGGGUUUGAUGGAGGAAUUGCAGGUGGACUGCCAGGUCUUUGAAAAGUACUGAGAUCUGUUCACUUCUGAACUUCUUUGGUGAGGAACUCCUGAUUGGUGUUGAAGUGAUAAUUUUGCCUACACAAUUUACUUAGAAUCAUAGAAUUUUAGAGCUAGAUGAGAUUUAAACAUUUUUUUAUUCAGUCUCAUUUGAAUGAUGAGGAUAGAUGUUUCUUUUUAGAUGAACAGCUAGUUAGUAAUGGUAGAGUUCCUGACUCAAUGCCCAGUACGCUUCUCCACUGUACCACAACUGUCUUAAUUAAAUGUGCUGUAUUUUUCUUUAAAAAUUGAGUUCUACUUGAUGUUUUCAGGAUUAUACUUGAAGGAGAUAUGCCAUGUUUUGAUAAAUACCAUCAGAGUAUUUGGACUGUUGUUUAAAGGAGUGUACUAAGUGCAACCUUAAUUAGCGAAAAUAAUCUUCAUCUACCCCUUCUAAAACUAUACUCAGUAUAAACACUUUUUUCCAUAAGGUGUGUGUAGCAAAAAUAUGUUGUUUGUCCCUGGCAGGAGUGCAGCACAGCAAACAGCCUUAUUUGAGAGAGCCUUAUAAAACAGUUAUAAAUGGAGGCAUUGAGCUCAUUAGCUGUAAGUUUAUUUUAUGCUAACUUUGUUCCUAUUCUGUUGAGUCUCAUAAUUAAAAAAAAAAAAUUUACGAAUGAAAUGACAGGGCCUAGCUGUGUAUAAAUGAUCCUUGCUAAAUAAAGUUUUUUGUAAGAAAAAAAAAAACCCCCAACAAAAAGCUUAUUUUCACAUUAAAAUGAAACCUCUUUUGCAACUUAAGAAUUCUAUGGAAAAGCAGUUUUUAUCAUAUUUUGUGUCCAUGUACCUUUUUCCUUAACAAAAAGGUUUACAACAAAGAAUGUAAACAAUUUGUGAUCUGGCCAGUUGUACUUUUUAGCUCCCGGAGGGAGAGAGUUGGUGGUGUUAUGGGUUGAGUAUAAAAACCAUUCAGGAAAACUUGAGGGAGCAGUCUGUUGCCAGUAAUGUUUCUUUUGUGUGCCAUUAAACCACCUCCAGAUGAGUGGGGGAACAGUCACUUUUUAAUUUUUUAAUUGUAUUUGGAAUUAACUGUUGCUGUGUACUAAGAACUUGACCUAAAUAAAAUCCCACGAAGUAUA